UUUUGGUUUUGUUUCAAUGCCUGUGAUUUGAGGUUGUGUUGCAUGCAUCCGUGGUGAUUACUUUCGGUUGUUUUGGUGGCUCUCAGUGCGGAUUAUUUUGGAAUUCAAUUUUAAUGUGGUUUAGGUGAACCCUCCUUGUUGUUUUGUUGCUGCAAAUUAUUUUUUUUUGUCGGGUUCUUAAAGGUUCUAUUCCGUCUCAGAACAUGAUGCUAGUACAGUUGUACAUGAAAUUCAGUCCCCAAAUCAAUCGAAUGCUUUGUGGUUUCUUGCAUUGUUUAUCUAUCUAUGUUCAUAUGAGAGUCUGAGUGCUUCCAUGCAGAUGUAGUUAUACUCAGUUCUUGGUGGCGCAGUUUACUGUUAUUGUGCUGACUUAUGAAACCCACCAUUUAAUAGUCUUGCUCUUUGCUGACUUGAUUAUUUUGGAAAAAAGUUGUGCUCCAAGAAUUAUGGAAGCACAAAGCUCUCAGCAAACGCAAGUUAUUGAGAUCAGUGGAGAUUUUCCUGAUGGUGGAAGAAAGAUUUGUGGGGAAGCACCAUGUGGGUUUGCAGAUGCCGAAUCCAUCUCCAAGGAUUCUGAAGAAAGAUCAACUUCUAUGCGAAAGCUCCUUAUGGCAGUGAUCCUUUGUGUUAUUUUUAUGACUGUUGAAGUGGUUGGUGGCAUCAAAGCUAACAGCCUUGCUAUACUGACUGAUGCAGCACAUUUGCUUUCUGAUGUUGCAGCCUUUGCCAUCUCCUUAUUUUCUUUGUGGGCUGCUGGAUGGGAAGCUACACCUCGCCAGUCAUAUGGAUUUUUCCGAAUAGAAAUUCUUGGUGCCUUGGUUUCUAUCCAAUUAAUAUGGUUGCUUGCGGGUAUACUGGUAUAUGAAGCCAUUGAUAGAAUCAUUGCCGGUCCUAAAAGUGUGGAUGGUUUCUUAAUGUUUUUAGUUUCCGCAUUUGGUCUCGUGGUUAAUAUCAUCAUGGCUUUGUUAUUGGGUCAUGAUCAUGGCCAUGGACAUGGUGGUCAUGGUCAUGGUCAUGGACAUGAUGGUCACAGACAUGGACAUGGACAUGGCCACAGUCAUGGAUUUACAGUUUCUACCCAUCAUGAUGCAAAACAUGCAAAAGAUGAGCACCAUCACACACAUGAUCACUCAGACCAUCACGAUGAUCAUCAUUCAAAAGAUGAGCACCAUCAUGAUCACCAAGAGCUUACUCAAUCUCUUCUCGAUGAAUCAAAAGCUAAGAAGAAGAAGCAAUGGAACAUAAAUGUACAGGGGGCUUAUCUCCAUGUCCUUGGAGAUUCUAUCCAAAGUAUUGGAGUAAUGAUUGGGGGAGCGGUAAUAUGGUAUAAACCUGAGUGGCAAAUAGUUGAUUUAAUUUGCACUCUAAUAUUUUCAGUAAUAGUUUUGGUGACAACCAUCAAUAUGCUGAGAAAUAUUUUGGAAGUCCUGAUGGAGAGCACACCUCGUGAGAUAGAUGCUACUAAGUUAGAAAGGGGUUUGUUAGAUAUGGAAGACGUGGUGGCUGUUCAUGAACUACAUAUAUGGGCCAUUACAGUCGGAAAGGUUUUACUAGCUUGUCAUGUUAAAAUUAGACGUGAAGCAGAUGCAGAUGUGGUGCUGGACAAGGUUAUAGACUAUAUCAAACGGGUCUAUAACAUUAGUCAUGUAACCAUACAGAUAGAGCGCUAGAUUUCAUCUUUUAUUGAAUAUUUCAUGAUAGUGAAACAUUAGAGGGGAAUGAUUUAGUAAUUGGACUUGGAGAAUUAUGCUUCUGAAACUCAAAUUUCUCUAUGGCAAUAAUACUUUCUUUUAUUCUUCU